AUGGCGUCUGGAUUCGAGGCUGGCGGCUCGCUCUCCACGAGCUGCGGCGACGGCGUGAACUUUCUGGCUCAGAUCGACUCGAGCGCCAUCGACGAGCUCGACCCGUCUUUGGCAGACGGCCAUGUUCUCGUCUACUCCAGGGAAGUGCCAUUCGAGCUCCGCCUCCAAGACACCGCGGCUGGCGCCGCGCGCGACACAGGCAGACUCGAGCCCGUGCGCGUGAAGAUCCUCAUUCUGGGAGACGAGGCGAGUCCGCAGCACAUUCGCGUCGAGCUCACGAGCGAGAACGAUCUCUUUCUCAACUACACGCAUGCCCUGAACGAAACGCUCUUCCGGCAGAUGCAAGCAAGCCAGAAACUCAUGAUUGAGUUCGCCGAGUACCCCAACGUGCUGAUCAAGAUGCUCAACUCGUGUAUCAAAGAGCCGCACAGCUUCCUUGCCGUUCUCGUCAUGCAAACGACCGGAAAGGCGCGUCUCGACUUCAUCCAGAGCAUGGAAUACAAGUUCGUCGAGCUGCUGUGCCUGGAUUUCGCUCAAUCUAGCGAGGAGUUUACUCGGCGUGAUAUGACCUUCCGAUACAACGCGCUCAAGAGCAAACUCGCGUUGCUCCAGGCUCGGCUGCAUGACAUUGGCUGUCUGUUGAAGCUGAAAAGUCCUUCGCUCUUGCUGCAUCUCCAGAAGGCCGCGCAGCAGCAGGCGCAGCGGCGCAUGCAGCAACUCACUCGUGAAGCCUCCCAACCCGGCAAGCGCGGAGCGUCCGCUACAGAGAAAUCUGCCGCCCGCUUCAGAUAA